AGGAGUACUAAAUAACGUAAAUUUAUUUUUCAAUCAAUGACUGAAGAUGAAAUGAAUUGGAUACAACUACAAAUACCGUGAACGUGAUCUGUAUUUGAUCUUCACUGACUAGUCGUAGUUGUUGUAUACUUCACAAGUACUGUUUCUUCUCGUGGUCUUUCUGAGCGAAGAGCAAGAAGGCAUCAAUUAUUUGUUCUCACUCCUUCAGUGCCUCGUCAUCAAGAACAGCAACAAAAAGAUGAAGAACACCUCUUCGAAAACGGAGGGUUGUCCUUGCUGCGAGGAACGGGUUGGCAAGCGUGGAGGUUUCCGCUUUCUGCUGAAAGGCGAUGCUCCACCACUGGCAUGCGAGGAAUGCGUGAUAGUGAAGGAGUUCCGGUACGAUGCAGAUCGAUAUCCUCCAUUUGUCUGGCCGCGAAGCUCAGAGGCGGUCCGCACUGCUGUGGAGCAGGUAAAGGCUGCUACACAUGCAACCUUGGACAAAGUUGCGGGUUUGGAGGACAAGGAUGUGACCUUUGAUACAGUGUUAAGACCACAACCAAAAGUACAUCCUCCUCAUACAUUUUUUUUGACAAAAGCCGCCAAGGAUCAUGUUCUCAUCAAGGAAGAUGACUUCCUGCGGUUGUAGCUCUAAGAGAGGUCGCUCCGUUGAUGGCUUUGCCCUGUUACAAGACAAAUCCCUUGGUAUGUCAGGCGAAGCAUUUGCAGCAUUGCAGUACCGACCCUGUAGUUCGUGAGGCAGCCGCGACGGCGUGUAGUGACCUCGCCAACCUCAAAAAAAUCAGCAAGACACGAAAAGACGUCUACAAAAAGGUCCUCAUUAUAGUACGUGAUGCUUGUUGUACUGUAACUGUAAGCAAAUACUUCUCCUGGUGGUACUACUAGUCGUGAAUGUGAAGUAGAACUACGAGGACGAGGACUUCUUGUUCUUUUUCAAUUAAGAAGCCCGCUGCCGCGACCACGCUGCCUGUUCCCUCGCUGCCCGCCUCGUGAGUCUAUCGAAAAAGAGUCUCAACCUGAACAGGGAAUCGAUAUGACGAACAACUGGCCCGCGCCCGCGCUUUUGCCGCAUCGCCCAAAGCGCCCGCGCCCAAAAACGCAGAUCGUACUUUUGCCGUUUGAAGAUUUUGAAGUUAUUCUUUAUCCCAUUGUUAGUUUGCAUUGGCAACAUUUACGGGAUUUUUCUUUCACGACUAAACACCUACCUAAUCACCGUCUUGAGACACUAAUUACCUGCUAGAGGUUCUAUGUCGUGAUAUGGUUUCUUAUUAGGUAUUCGAAUAAGACCUGCAACACGAAGCAAGGUGGUUGAUCAAGGUACUUAGACUAUACAAAUAGAACAUGAUCAUCUGCUUCUGAAAAAUUGUCUUCACAGGUUCGACAAUAUGCGUCGACGGGUGAUUUGAGCAGCCUCUCGGGAUACCAAAGUUAAGAGGUCGUUAGACUCGGAUCGUCAUGCUCAUCGUAGUUGGGGUACUAGGGCAAUCCUACCCAAAAGCAUACCACUUAUGUCGUGGAUUGUCGUUCUCAUUCUAGUACUCUAAUAAAAGCAUUUCGUGGAUUCCAUAUUGGGGAUGUAUGAGCGCGCAGGCCUAGGCCUUGGGGAGUCUGACGCUGCCGCCUUGUCUACGUUGCUCACUGACGACGCGCAGUGCUGUAUUAAGUAGAGUUGCCAAUCGACCUUGGUUGUGAGCUAUAUUCUAUUUAAGCAUAUCUACCUCUCCGGCUAUGCCUAGUAUGACUUCUUCAAUUUCGAGAAGAGAAGGCAUGGAAAUCAUAGUUGAGAUGCAGCAAAAACAAACAGAUAGUCGUGAUAGAGAUUAGAUCUUACCUGGCCAAUCAGAAACCCCUUCUUCUAUUUCUAAUUGCAAUGUUUAUAAAAAGAACCUCGCGGAAGACAAGACGCAAGUCAAAUUGACACCCGCUGAAUUAGCUGGAUGCGAUCCAGACUGGAUCAAGGAAAGGACAUUAUGUCACAAUUAGUAGUGGUAAAAAACCUAUCUCAGCUAGCGGUCAUCUCAGCAUGAUCUGUGUAGAGUGGGCAAUAGCAACCUAUGUAUCCUAUCCUAUCCUAUGUUCAAUCAUUAGUUUCGGAAGUAGACUGACUUAUUGAUAAUCCCGCUCUUCAAUCAUCAGUUUCGGCAUGAUUAGACGUAUUUAUUCUUGAUAAUCUGCCCGCUCUAGAACCCGCCUGACGGAUCUAGAAAAGCCACCAUUUACGCAUCCAUGAUCACAAUUCAAUGAAACUAAUGAUUUGAAAUGCUAGCACAACCACUUUGAUCAAUAUUUACCGAGCAAGACUUACAACAACUACUUCGAGUUCGACUAUUACUACUACCUCGACUGCGACUUCCUCUAAAGCAGGGCCAGGACAGUGUUGUCACUCUGACACUGAAGUACCCCGAUGUUUUGCCUGUGCUGCAGAACUGUAGCGUUGGGAGUACACGAAAAAAGAUUUCGAUGGCUCGCGAAACAGCGUAUCUAUGGAUGUAGUCUUUUUCCAUCUAUCAGAUCAGACCAUCUGGGUCUGGGUUCCCCUUUGAACGAGACACUUUUAUUAAAGGGAACUUCAUGAACCAGGGCCAGUCUAAGUAGACCAUCGACAGCGCCGUUUUGAAAGUGUAUACGUCUACCCAAAACUAAAGGGGCAGCCUAGACGGUCUACCUCUAGAAAAAGGAAAAUCAAGCAUCUACAACAUUCAUACUAUGGUAACAAUCUGGAGCAAGUAGCACUAGGGAUCGGGUACAGGAAGAAGGCUGCUGCACUUCUGGGGUUUCAUUCGUGGGCAGAAUUUGUUACACAAAUGAGAAUGACAGGGUCUCCGCAGGUCGUAGAAAAGUUCCUCAGCGAAAUCCGCGAGAAAGCGGCACCAGGAGCAAAGCGAGACUUGGAAAGGCUAACAGCGUUGAUUACGUUCUUGGGAAAAUGAUAGUGAUGACGAAGAAGAUCAAGAUGACGAGCAUAUUAUAAGGUUGGAGUUGGUCCAUGGUUGGCAACUAAAAAAUAGACAAUCGCUGCUGGUAGUCUUGUAACUAGAGAGACCGACACACACGCAUGUUGUAUUUAGUUUGUACUUACAUGAUCAAGACCUUCACCCGUCUAGGUCUACUAACGAUCUCUCCACUUCUUCGAAGUACUACUUUUACCUCAUGAUCUCUACGCCUACAACGAAGGCUACUUCUUCAUCUAAAGAAAAGCGUCGCGAGGCCGGUGACGAGAGCGCGAAACUCGAGGCAUGGGAUGUCAACUAUUACCAUAGCAAACUGCUGAAGGAUGAAUACGGCGUCGAUCACGAAGCCAUCCGGAAAUAUUUCUUAGGGGAAAUAGUUAGAGAACCUAGAAGUAAACCUUACCCCAUUCAUAACCAUGCCUACCACGAUCUAUGAUUUAAUUGCUCCUCAAAAUGGAAGAAGGCGGCCAUGAUAGAGAACAACAUGCAUGGAGAACUACAAUUAGAUUGACAGCACUCAAUAGGUUGGUAUAGGAGAAAGGAAAGUAGCCCAUGCAUCUGUAGCGAGUAGAAACACAACAGGUGGUCAACAGAAAUUCUUGGAAAGCAAAAGCUCUAACCUUCCCUGUCGACGUCGUGGUCAAAGGUACGUUAGAAAUUUACCAGAGCUUGUUGUCGUUGAAGUUCACAGAGCUUCACGACUUCGACACCUGGCAUGACGACGUCCGUCUUUUCGUGGUUCACGAUACGAACUCAAGCGAACGCAUAUUAUGUUUUGAGAAUUUGGAAAAAUAACAAUUUAAUGAACAAGAAAGUUGUAGUUGUUCUAGCGAGCGUUUCCUCUGAAUAUGUUAUAAUGAUACGAUUACAAUGAAAUCCAUCACGCGCGUGGUGAGGAAGCGGGAUCCAUCCCGAUCUUAGACAUCAGGAGAAGAUGGACAUCACAACUCUAAGUUCUGGACAUUUUUACUUGGAUCUUCAUCCUCGCGAAGGGAAGUAUGGUCAUGCGGCCAUUUUCCAUCUGCUGAAGCGGGACGAGGCAAGAGGUCAGACACCAGUGGAUUGCAUGUUGUGCAACUUACCUGCUCCAAACAAAUCGACGGGACAACCAGCACUGCUGCGUCACGAUGAUGUUGUUACGGCUAGAAAAUUCACAUUUUUGAACAAGAAUAACUAGAAGAAAUUUACUCAAUCAACAAUAACUAGAAAUACUCACUCUCUCAUGCAUAUAUUAUAACAUCGCACCGUACUACAGCCUACCGCAAGAAGAAUGAUUACCUCCGGUUAGUUUUCUCUCAAUCACAAUUUUUAACGAUUGUUUCUUUUGUUGAGGGAUCCUUCCUCAUCCUAGGUUGAUUUUCCCUCAUGACUUCCCUCAUCCCUUCAUCCUAGGUUAGUCCCUCCAAUCGAUUACAGUUGUUUUUGUUGAUUCAUCCUCGCCAAGCGCAGCACUAUCAUAGUCUAUGAAGAUUAUUUCCUCUUGCUGAGAACUUCGACUUGUUCCCAGCAGCCGACUAAUUAGUUGUAGCUAUUAUACUUGUCGUUGUAGAGUAUCAUCAUGUAAAGUCCAAGUACUACACCGUCACCUUCUAAACUUGUAACGUUUUUUCACGAAUUUGGUCAUAUCAUGCAUGGAUUGUGCGCCGAGGGGAGUGGCAACGCUACUACGCUAGCAAAGUGUCCUCGGGAUUUCGUCGAAGCGCCAUCGCAAAUGCUAGAAAACUGGUGUUUUAACGAAAAAGUUCUCGCAAAGCUGUCAAAACAUGUAGAGUUAAGGCGUGUGUGAGUGUAUCGAUAAGACGUGACGGCUAUGCCAGCACUUCUGAUUUUUUCUAAUCAUACUUGCAAUAAUUGUAAUUCUCCAGGUAGAAUUCACAGAUGCAUAAGUAAGGGACUGCUCAACCUCAAGCUCAAGUUCUUUGAAGACCUAGGGCGCUUGAGGAGGAACAUCGAGAGCGUCGGGUUCACAAAGUUUUUUAUCUAAUACACACAGGCGAGAGUUUGCCACAUGCUCAGAUUGCGAAUCUUCUUGCAGCCAAGAAUGUCUCAGAAGGGCUGAUGCUGUGUCGGCAGCUUUAUCUAGCGACUUUGGACAUGACGAUUCAUGGGACAGACCCACCGAAAAGUUAUGCUCGGUAACUACUUUCAUUUUAGUCUCGGUUAAUAGAGUAAGAAGUAAUCUCCUUCUUCAGAAACAUACCAUUUUAGCUCGUAUUAAUUACAGCCUGGUGUAGGUUGUUCUCGUUACAGCAUACUUAUGGUUUAUGCUCCUUAAUAUGGAAUGGCAUGAAGAAUUUGAAUAAUCAGAUGAAUGAUCAAGGCGCGAAGCACACUGCGCUGCUGUUCUAAAGAAAUGUUGACGAAUUGCAGGCGCUCGUGGACCGGUUGAGGUUGGAAAUUUCACUUGUAGAAAACCCGCCAGGAUGCAACAUGCUGCGAAACUUCGGACAUCUCAUGUUAAGUAUCAGUACAACAAGAAGAUGAACUAGAACUUCUUGAUGAAGAGGAAGGUCAAGGUUCUUUAAUAUAGGUUUUUGCCUUCAUCUCUACUUCUGAAUUUCAGGCUAGGCAAAAACUUCCUUACGAUAUCUGCCUCACACCAUCUCCAUCUAAGACGAAACCAGUACUCUGCAGCUUAUUAUGGGUACUUGUGGGCUGAAGUGCUGUCUGCAGACAUGUUUGCGACGAUUUUUGAGAAGGAUCCGUUUUGUACCGAAGCAGGCAUGGCGUAUCGAAAAAAGGUGCUUGCGCCAGGUGGCGUCGGAAAAAUCAGCGAGCACCUAGAGAAUUUCCUCGGCCACAAGCCGACGCAAGAACCCUUCCUGAAAUCGAGAGGGAUACUUGUUGUGUAAAAGACGAGAACAUGUAUCUAUAGAAAUAUGAAAGCAAACAAGAAACCAUUUUUUAAGACACCCUGUGAGUGUAAGAAUAUAGAAGUUGAUUCGCCUCCUACACCUACUCGACGGUUGCUUAAGGUGAAGGCGAGACCCUUACUUUGCCGGAGUCGGCGCACUAAUAUGUGACCCAACUUUUACAGUUGCAAAAACGAUGCACGAGAGACAUGAUAUGAAAAAAGCCAGAUAGUUACCUCCAUAGAAACCAGUGAAUUGAUCUUGAUGCUUCCAGCAAAAAAACGCGGUACAGAAAGCGGAACAAUCAG